AUGUCAUACUUCCAGAGGUUACAGCUUCAUUCCUGCUCCCGCCGCGCCGAUAUUGGAAGAAACCUGAUCAUGCUAUUUCUCACCGGUCGCGCCAUUCCAGGCGCUAUCCCAAGCGCUCUUCAUGCGCGGGCAUACAUCAACCCAUAUUCUUUCCGUUUCCAGCCAGUGUCUUUCAUCUCAACAUCGUCAAUCAAAUCCGCAACAGCAAUUGAGCAGCGGGGGCAGCCCGGUCAUCCGCUCACUGCUUCUGGAAAGGUGCGGAAGGAGGUGCCUUUACCGAGCCAGGAGAAAAAGGAGGGCGCGAUGCAAUAUGUCUUAACUACGCUCGAUCAAGUUGCUAAUUGGGCCCGCCAAAGUUCUCUAUGGCCCAUGACUUUUGGUCUCGCUUGUUGUGCAGUCGAAAUGAUGCAUCUUUCAACCCCUAGAUAUGACCAGGAUCGCCUGGGCAUUAUCUUCAGAGCUUCUCCGCGGCAGUCGGAUGUGAUGAUUGUUGCAGGCACCCUGACGAAUAAGAUGGCUCCGGCUCUCAGGCAAGUCUACGACCAAAUGCCUGAUCCGCGCUGGGUUGUCAGCAUGGGUAGCUGUGCGAAUGGUGGUGGCUAUUAUCACUACAGUUACUCGGUUGUUCGGGGAUGUGAUAGAAUAGUGCCCGUUGACGUCUAUGUUCCUGGGUGCCCACCAACAUCCGAGGCAUUGAUGUAUGGGAUCUUUCAACUUCAAAAGAAAAUGAGACACACAAGAAUCACACUAUCAGUUUACACAGUUGCGCGUGUGAUAUUCAUUGUCAAAACCGAGUCUCUUAUCGUUGGAUUUGUGCAGAAUGAUCUAUAUGUUGCACUACUUGCAGUGCGCAGCCAGUUUAUGUAG